UUUCUACUCAAUGGCUCUCAACUGUUACACCUUUGUCUCUCCUUCUCCACCCUCUCUUUUCCUACACAUCCACCGUCCCUCAAAUAAUACUCGUCGAGUUUCAUAUCCAAAUGCUUCCUUAAGCUCUUCUGCAUCUCCCUCCCCUGAAUCAAAAGCAUCAUCAUCCCCAUCAAGUGUUCCUUCUGCAACUUCUACUUCAUCUUCAUCCACCCCUUUUGUUGAAUCUGGGCCACAUGAGCCUGCCUUCAACUAUGCACUCGCCAACCCCAAUGGUAACCCAGUUCUUAGGAUUGUUCGAGCUACCGAAUCUACCAUUGAGAGGGCCAUUUUCGACUUCCGUUUCUUGGCACUGCUUGCUGUUGGAGGUUCCUUGGCUGGGUCACUCUUGUGCUUUCUAAAUGGUUGUAUUUAUAUUUUUGAUGCAUACAAAGUCUAUUGGACAAGCUGUGUCAAAGGAGUUCACACUGGACAGAUGGUUCUGCGUCUGGUUGAAGCAAUUGAUGUUUAUCUUGCUGGUACUGUUAUGUUGAUUUUUGGUAUGGGCUUAUAUGGAUUGUUCAUAAGUAAUGCACCACCUGAUGUGCCACCUGCUGUAGACCGUGCCCUUAUAGGAUCCUCUCUGUUUGGAAUGUUUGCUUUGAAGGAGAGGCCUAAAUGGAUGAAAAUCAGCUCACUUGAUGAAUUGAAGACAAAAGUGGGGCAUGUUAUUGUCAUGAUUCUUCUCGUGAAAAUGUUUGAGAGGAGCAAAAUGGUUACCAUAGCCACAGGAGUGGAUUUACUAAGUUAUUCAGUCUGCAUUUUCUUAUCAUCUGCAUCUUUGUAUAUCCUCCAUAACCUGCAUAAGUCAGAAUAGAAUGUAGAAAACAUUGUAACAUACACAAUUCUUAUGUAUUCAUCAUACAAUAGUGGGAAGAAAUGCAUGUGGUUAAUACUUAUCCUGUCAUUCUAUGCUAAAUGCCUAAUUUAA